UCCAUUUCCCAGCAGCCCCCGCGGCGCGCCCUUCUCUUCCGGCCCGGCGGCGGCAGCGGCGGUGCAGCUAUGGCCAAGUCCAAGAACCACACGACCCACAACCAGUCUCGUAAGUGGCACAGAAAUGGCAUCAAGAAACCCAGGUCCCAUAGAUACGAAUCUCUCAAAGGGGUUGAUCCCAAGUUUCUGAGGAACAUGAGAUUUGCAAAGAAACACAACAAAAAAGGACUGAAGAAGAUGCAGGCCAACAAUGCCAAGCAGGCUGCUCAGCAGAAAAAGGACUGAUGUGGUUUAAGACAAAAAGAACCAAUUUUGCUGUUGGCAUGUGUGUGACGGCAUUUUUAUAAAAAUAAAAUUGGAUGGAACAAA